ACAUGGUUUUGGAUUUAUAUUUAAGCGAAAGGCCUCUCGGAAGACUGUAAGAAGGUUGCUGCAAGACAAAGAAGUGCUCCUUAUAAGCCGCGGCAUAUAUGGACGACCAGAUUAUCCUAUGUGCGUGCAAUCACGCUCACUUGGAUUAUAUGAACAGAUAAUUCGCGCCAAUUUCAGCUAUUAUGAAAAAGAUUUACAGGACUUGAGGACACAAGGACACAGGAUAUAUCGAGAUACAUACAUUGAUAUACCACAAGGAAAGAAGAAAAUAAUGAACGUAUCUGCUUAUAUAGUGAAUCAACAGUUGGACACUAAGCUAUCUGGACUCUUCCUCCUCUUAUAUUCCAGGAAAACCUGCUUUAUUGUGGGCACAGAGAAAAACGCCAAUUCGUCAAAACCUGCAAAGGCCUCUGCCAGCAAUCCUGCAGAAAAUUCAGCGUGUGUGCUUUGGCGAAAAGCACAUGCCAUCGAAAAAGAGCGAGCACGGUGCAGGAAAGCUUUUAAAAGGAAGUGCGGACACUAUAGAGGACAUCGUCAUGUGUAUAGCAGGGAGGAAUGCCUGGCUCGGAAGAAAACCUAGGAAUGCUGGGAACGCACAAAGGCCGUACAUGUUCUGACUCACCACAACUUGCAACAUUCUUCUUCAACCCAGUACUGUUAGGGACAUCAUUGAUUUUCGUGGACACCAUCCCACAGGACCCUUGGGAAUUCUGCUCACCUCCUGGAAAAACACAAUUAUUAACACAAAAAAUCGAAGGUAGACCUGCGUUGACAACUGUCUUUUUUUUUCCAAGGCCAUGAUUAUACCCUCUAGAUAUUUGACCGAACGGUAUCGGCCAAUGAUAGAUGGCGAAUAUUUUCGGUUGAGUAUGGCAGCAUUGCAACGAUUACGUUAUUUGUGACAAAAGCGAUUGGACAUCAACUUCUGAGAUUGUAGUUCUAGAAAUACGUACAAAAUAAAUGCACAAUUAUUGUAAA